UAUGUGUCAUCAACUUUAGAACGCGCGUAACUUGCUGCUGAAACCAGUUUUAUUUGGCCGUUGUAGCGGCAGGAUAACUGCUAGGUGAGUCAAGUGCUGGGCUAGUCACACGUUAUCUAAAUCUAUGUCGUCAGCUGCCGUUUAAUCAGCCUUUUGCUCGAGGCCUACUUUCGUUUUCGUGGUUGACAGAAGCCCUCUUUGGAAAUCCCACUAGGCCAGCCAAGCGGGUCAUAACAAAACCACCAACUUGACAACGAGGUGGAGUACUACAUAUGCUUCGUUUCCUAACUGCCCCGCCAUUGCGACCGAUCGCUUGGUAUCCCACGAUCUCCGCCCAACCGCAAGUCAGCUUUACGGAUCUACUGUCAUGACAGAUUCCUGUUGCAUCAGUGCCAACUCCAAUGUCACUUUGACAUUCAUCGGCCAGAACAUGUAGCAACUGCGUUUACACGAUUCUCAGUCAAAAUUUGUUGAGCUGUGCUACACAUGAAAGAAAAAGAGCGAGAGAGCAGAAUUUAUAUUUGGGACUCGGCUCUUCCCGUCUGCUUUCCCCUGACUGCGCGCUUCUCCGCGAAACAGUCAACAGCAGAAAUUUAUUUGUGGAAAGUGCAUCCGAUCUUGUGCUCGCAUGUACAACGGGUAUUCGUGGAAACAAGACUGUUUGUGAAAAUAUACCGCUUUCCAUUCCUCAACAAAGUUAAUGCAGUUACUUGGUCAGGGACGACAAACUCGCUGGAGGCGAAGUGAAAAUGGGGCAGAGUGACAGGAAGUUUUCUUCCAGUGUUUGCGGACGUCUGUAGUUCUCCCAGACACCGAGUAUAAUCCAGUUUUGCCAGCGAUUCCAAAGGUCACUCAUGUGUGUCCCCUGCCGCCCCCACCGCGACCACCAUGUGGCGAUCCGUGGAUAAUACGACCGGCGCGCCCGUCAUCCGGAAACCACCCUCGAAAGACACCCAGCGCGUGCUGACGCAGGAGGGCUUCUGGGCGAAAGGUAAAGGUCGAGGAGACAGCGAGGACACCAGCGACAGCGACAGCAGCAGUAGUAACAGCAGCAAUGGCAGCGACAGCAAGACCCUUAAUCCAGAGUUGUCCAAGUUGGGAAAUGCCAGAACGAACGUUUCCAAAUCAAAAUCUAGUUCACCUGUGCCAGACGGUUACCUGUCCAGCUCCAGAGAAAACCUGGCCGCGAAAUCUGUCGCCUUUGACAAGCGGACCAGGGUGGUGCACACCAAGAGCUCAUCUGUGGAAAAAAACCAACGGCCAGCGGAUCCUGCCAGAUUCUCUGCGAAACAACAGUCGGCACAAGGAGUACUGCCAACGAGGGGUUUCGGCAACGAACAACCAGUUACAACCAGUUCGACCAGAGAUGAGUUCAGCUUGAAACGAUUUCUCACAGGAUAUAACUCGCCCAGAAGAAGCGCUGAGGCGGGGGUUUCGGCCCGACCUACAAUAUCUUCCAGAGAAGAUUCGAACCGUGGACGACAAACGAAGCUAGACGAAAAAAAUAAGCUAGGCCAGUUUUUUCCCAAAGAACUGCAAAGUAAACAUGGCUUCUCCAUGAUGCCCGAUCUGGCGCCAUCGCUCAAGACGACGAAGGUGAGGACAAAGUUUGGACACGACUCUGGAAAUGAGUACACAACGUUUGGGUCACAUGACUCAGAAAACGACUUUCCUCCGUUUGGAUCACGGGAUGUGCCUUCGAGAACCUCGGUGCACGAGGACAGCCUCCGCCACUCUCGAGCGACCGCCGCGCGGAUGUGGGGCGGCACGGUAGCGGAGGUUGGCAAGACGGAGGGCACCGGCUGGGAGGAAGGCGACAAGGACGACGAUGACCAAGAAAAUGUCAGCGAGAAUCUAAGCCACGCGCGAAAGUCAGCGAUGAACGCGUGGGGGAACGUGCCGGGAGCCUCGGCCAAAGGUGGCAGCACCAGUGGAGGAUGGGAACCGGACGACGCGGCAGCGGGAAGGCAUCGCUAUGGCGGAUAUAGCAGUGGCAAGCGGAACGGAGACAGAAAGGGAGAGGACAGGGUAAAUUCUCGUGGGGUGGCGACGGGGAGGGCCAGUCCCUCUCGAGGGUCGGCCUCGAGGAAUCCUUCAGAUAUGUCCACGAAGCCGAUUGGAUACUGGGGGUCGGCGACCAGACGACGAGGAUUGACACCUUCACAUCGCCUUCCCAGACCAAAGGCACCUCCAGAAAGUUGCAGGCCAUGUGUAGUGAAAUCCUGGGAGACGAUUCGCAGAGACACGGGAAGAGAUCGGAGGGGAAGACCAGAGAAGGCGAGGACUCAGGUUCCCUUGACGACACGGAUGACGAUCUAGAGCACAUGCUGUCUUCGGCGGCUAGGUACGUUCCGCCUCGAAGGCCAAGUCGUGCGCGCGGAAAUGUGUCGGACAUAGGGUCAGGGAAGUGAAGAAGGGAUGCCUUGGUCACCACGGGGAUCGGCAGGUGUGGACAAUUCCCGACACAUAGGGGAAAGAGUCAUCGGGCGUCAACUUUGGUGUGGACAGGACAGGUGAGGGGGAACGAACGGGCAACUGGAACUCGCCGGGAGGUGGCCGAAACGUGCCAGGGAGAGACAACUUGCCACAUAAUGAGAGAGACAAUUGGAGACAGAACGAAAGAGACAAUUGGAGACAAAUUGAAAGAGACGAUUGGCGACAAAACGACAGAGACAAUUGGAGACAAAACAAUAGAGACACGUGGAGACAAAACGACAGAGACAAUUGGAGACAAACGACAGAGAAAACAACGGUGGCGAUAGAGACAGAGAUCAUCGACAACCGUGGCGAGACCCUCGUGACAGACCUGGACGACAACAAAUUCCAAGAGAGCGUCAGCACCACGAGGUGCCCCCGCUACCCCGAGCAUACGACAGACACAACGAGCACGUAGCAGACAGGAAUGAAGGUGAGGAUCCUCCACCCCCGGUCAACAGGCACAUACCCCAGCAGCAUCCUCAGCAGCCGCCGCCGCCGCAGCAGCAGUAUCCUCAGCAACAACAGCAGCAGCAGAACAGAGGAGCCCCGCGCAUGCCCAGGCCGCUGGAAGUAAAUCUCUCCUUCGGGAGGUUGAGGGACCUGCGGGGCAAGGAACCCGCCGAAGUGGUGGCGGCGCUGGCGUACAGCAAGGAGGGACUGCAGCGCCUGGUGCGCGAUGAGCAAAAGUUGACACGAGACCGUGAGAUGAUGCGGCUGUUGCUGACGGUGUUGGGCAAGGUCAGCCAGUGCAAGUCCAUGCCCACACAGCAAAACGAAGUCUUAAACGCCGUGCGCGUGCCGGAGUUCUUCCGCGUGCUGGGGCCAUUCCUCACCCAAAGCGUCCUCAACUGCUCACCCGCCGAGGUCGUCAACAUCGUCGCGGAUUGCGCCGACCUUCUUCGGACUCUCCUGACCAUAUUCCCCUCGAGCCUGUCUGAUGUGGUAGGGGCCUGCGCCUUCCUAGAAGUGGCCUUAAAGAUGGUCAAAGGACGGCAGAUCGAGCUGGGGGAGGAAGUGGAGGCUAAGGUAGAAGAACUGGAGCUGGCCCGGGAGGCGGGGUUCGAGUCUCUACAGCGCAAGCAGUGCAAGGCGCGUAACGAAGCUGUGGACGAGGACAGCCUGGCCCCGCCCGACGACUUCCGCCAGAUCUCCGUCUUCCCCACCAUCGAAGACCUGGAAAAGGAGGAGCUGCCUUUCCUGCGGAAGAACAAGGAGAAGGGAGGCUAUGUUAGCCUGGAUCAUUACCUGGACGUGCAGUUCCGCCUGUUGCGAGAGGAUUUCGUGUACCCGCUAAGGGAGGGAAUAGCUGAGUACCAGAAGAUGCUGUCCACACCUGGUAGAGGCAAACGACUGAAGGACAUCCGGGUGUACCACGAUGUCCACCUGCUGAGGGCCGUGUGCCUGCAGACUGGUCUCGGCCAUCGGUUGUGCUUUGAUGUCACUCGGCUGAAGCGGGUCAAGUGGGAGAUCUCUAAGCGACUCAUUUACGGGUCGCUGGUCUGCCUGUCCCCUGACAACUUCCGCACACUCUUCUUCGCCACCGUCAUCAACAGGGAGCCCGCCGACCUCAAAGAGGGACUCGUCGAUGUGGUCUUCGAGCACAACCUGGAAGAGGUGUCGGCCAUUACCCCUGAGUCGGUGUUCACGAUGGCGGAGACGACAGCAUUCUUCGAGGCGUACCGACACGUGCUGGCAGGUCUGCAGCACAUCCACGACAACGACCUGCCCUUCCAGCGCUACAUCGUGCACUGCGAGAAGAACAUCCGCGAACCCGCCUACCUCACAAGGCAGGACCAGCCCGUCUACGACCUCCGACCCCUCGUCGACGACGGGGUGGUGCUGCGGGAGGACCGACAGUUGGAGGACCAGGGACGGGACGUGUCCUACCGCUUCAGCACCGAAUCCAGAUCCGCCGAACGGGUUCCGGUUUUGCAGCGUGAGGCAUGGCCGGAGGCGGGGCUCCUGAAACUGGAUCCCUCGCAGUUCGAGGCCCUGCACCGGGCCUUGACGAAAGAGUUCUCUGUCAUUCAAGGGCCCCCUGGAACAGGGAAGACCUACGUGGGGCUAAAGAUUGUCAAGGCGCUGCUUCACAACCGGAAGUCGUGGGAUCCGGAUCUCAACAGAAGCAUGUUGAUCGUCUGCUACACGAACCACGCUCUCGACCAGUUCCUGGAAGGAGUAGUUUGUUUUUUCAAAGGGCGCGUGGUGCGCGUAGGAAGCCGGCUGAAGAGCGAGGAGAUGAAAAAGUUCACGCUCAGCAACAUCCGGUGGGAGAUGAGGCGCCAGAACCGAGACGACCUGGACAGGGACUUCCGGGAGAUCACGCGCUUGCGCUUCCAGGGACACGAGGCAAUGGACAACCUCAGGAAGGAGAUGGACACCAUUGGGCUAAAGAUCGAGGGUGCCAGGCGAGAGAUUCUGCACGAAGACGUCCUCAGGCAGUACAUGCUUCCUCAGCACUACGACCGCCUGCAGGACAUUAAGCAGUACAUUCAGACAGGCUUCAUUCGGCAGGGAAGAACGAGGAAGAAGUGCUGGGACGGAGAGUUCCAGAUCCAACGGUCACAGUGGAAGAAGAUCAAGCGGAAGCUGAGGCGGAACGUGGUUGUCGAUGACCGAAUGACGUCAGAGGAGGAACAAGAGGUGGCCGACCUGUGGGAGCUGGACAUUCCCCAAAGAUGGCGUCUGUAUCGGCGCUGGGCGCAGAACCUGUGCGACUCGCUGCAGGCCGAGAUCCGCGACCUCGAGCGUCUGUACGACCGCUUGGCCCGCCGCCAGCAGGAGACCCUCAUGCAGGAGGACAAGCACAUCCUCAAGAGCGCCACGGUCAUCGCCAUGACGACCACAGCUGCGGCCAAGUAUCAAAGCAUCCUCCAGGAGGUCAAGCCGCGAGUGGUGGUCGUGGAGGAGGCGGCGGAAGUGCUGGAGGGUCACGUGAUCACGACCCUGAGCCAGGACUGCCAGCACCUGAUCCUGAUCGGCGACCACAAGCAACUGCGUCCUAACCCCACAGUCUACGCGCUGGCCCGGAAGUACAAGCUAGAGUUGUCCCUUUUCGACCUGAUCGAGAUACGAACCCAGGACUAUUGCAGGUGUGACACGCUGGGGUGGCAGCACCGCAUGCGACCGGAGAUCGCGGCCCUGGUGAAGCCCAUCUACCCGAAGCUGCAGAACCACGAGUCCGUGACGGGGUACGAGGAUGUGAAAGGAGUGUCCGCCAACGUCUUCUUCAUCAACCACGCCGAGCCUGAAACCAACGACGAUGAAACAAAGAGUCACUCAAACUACUACGAGGCUCUCUACAUGUCGCAGCUGUGUGGCUACCUCCUCAAGCAGGGCUACGACGCCUCGCGUAUCACCAUUUUGACCACCUACUCAGGUCAGCUGUACCAGCUCAAGAAACUGAUGCCCAAGAAGCAGUUUGAUGGUGUGCGUCUGACUGUAGUAGACAACUUCCAAGGGGAGGAAAACGACAUCAUUCUUCUCUCCCUUGUUAGGAGCAACGACGAUGGCAACAUCGGAUUCUUGAAGAUCGAGAACAGAGUCUGCGUGGCACUGUCACGUGCGAAGAAAGGUCUCUAUGUCCUCGGCAACUUUGACCUUCUCAGUGGAGAGAGCGACCUGUGGAGGAACAUCACCUCGUCCCUCAGACGGGAGGGGCUGAUUGGAGAGACCCUGCAUCUGUACUGUCAGAACCACCCCGAAGACGGGGGCCUGGACAUCAACUCACCUGCGGACUUUGACCAGGCACCGGAAGGAGGGUGCAUGAAGCCCUGCACUACACGCCUAAACUGUGGUCACGUGUGCUCCCGUCUGUGUCACCCGUAUGACCAGGAGCACGAGACGUACGUGUGCCUCAAGCCGUGCGAGCGACGCCUGGACUGUGAGUUCCGCCACCCGUGCAAGAAGCGCUGUCAUCAGAAGUGCGGCGACUGCAGCGAGAUGGUGCAGCGGGUCAUCCCCAAGUGCGGCCACCCGCAGUUCAUGCAGUGUCACGAGGACGUCUACGACUUCGUCUGCCAGGCCGAGUGCAAUGUCACGCUGGCCUGCGGCCACCCUUGCGGGGACAGAUGUGGGGAGCCUCAUCAGUGCUACGAACAGGUGCCAUUCAGCUGGCCAUGUGGGCACACGGGGACAGUGUGGUGCCGCUCACGGGAGACAACCCCUUGCAUGGACCUCUGUCAGCGCCCUUUGUCCUGUGGUCAUCCGUGUGGCGGCAAGUGUCAGGAGUGUACCAGCGGACGCCUGCACCGGCCAUGUCGCAAGAACUGCUCGCGAAUCCUGGUGUGCGGCCACGAGUGCCAGGACUCGUGCUCCAACUGCCCACCCUGCAACUCCAAAUGUCAAAACAAGUGUGUGCACAGUGAGUGUAGGAAACUGUGUGGGUUACCAUGCACACCUUGUCGGGAGCCCUGUGUCUGGAGAUGUCCACAUUUCAGGUGUACGAAGCUGUGUAACGAGCCUUGUGACAGGCAAAGGUGUGAUGAACCGUGUCCGAAACUCCUUCGUUGUGAUCAUCCUUGCAUAGGGCUGUGCGGCGAACCGUGUCCACCUCUUUGUCGCAUAUGUAACGCCGACAUCGUGACGGAAAUCUUCUUUGGUACGGAGGACGACCCGGAUGCAAGGUUCGUGCAGCUGGAAGACUGUCACCACAUCAUCGAGGUGACGAGCCUGGACCAGUGGAUGGAGACGACGACCAACCAUCACGAGGACGCCGUGCAGCUGAAGGCUUGCCCUCGCUGCAAGACAUCCAUCCGGCGCAACCUGCGCUACGGCGCCAUCAUCAAACAGCAGCUGCAGGACAUCGAGGUCAUCAAGGAGAAGAUGCUAGGAGACGAGCUGAAGCGAACCGAGAUCACGCGAGACCUAGACGAGCGCAUCAACCGCGAGGUCCUGGAGGAGUACGAAGAGAUGAAGAAGACGGUGAAGGAGCCGGUGACGUCAGCAGCCUCAGCGGCCUGCUGUGCAUGCAGAACCAUGAAGCUGCUGGACGAGACCAAGAAGCUGCGCGAGACCCGGCGCAAGAAGUCCAUCCGCUGCUCCAGCCUUCCUGCGGCGCUGGACGCCUUCGAGAAGUGGAUCCUGCAUCCGCGGGUCAUCUUCCGCAACCAAGAGCGCGAGGACGCGCAGGCCGAGCUGCUUCGCCUGCAGCACUGGAUGAGCCUGCUGAACCAUCGCAGCAUAGCCUUGGGCCGCAACAUCUCCAUCCCUCCCUCCGUGAGCGAUCUGCUGGAGCAUGCACUGCAGGCAAUGAAGGAGGGGCUGCCCUACGCGCCCCGUCAGCAGGAGGCCAACAAGGAACUGCUGAAGAAGCUGCAGAAGAUCGUUCCGGAGUCUGGCCUGGGUGUCAGCGAGGAAGCGGUCAUGAUCCUCGGGGCUAUGCAGCUGAACCAAGGGCACUGGUACAAGUGUCGCAACGGUCACGUGUACGCCAUCGGUGACUGUGGAGGAGCUAACGAGAUUGCCCGAUGCCCGGAAUGCAAGUUGGAAAUCGGAGGAACCGGCCACCGCCUCCUGGUCGACAACUCCGUGGCUACAGAAAUGGACGGGGCUGUGUUUCCGGCCUGGUCUGAACAAAACAACAUCGAAAACUUCGGCUUCGACGUUCGUUUCUAAGUGCAGGCAAACUCAGCAGAUGGUGAAGCAGAUCGAGGACUGACAUUGCAGAACAAAUCAUUCAACGAAUGUGACUGUAUCAGGAGGAAUAAUAAUUUGUAAUGGAAGGAAAACAAUGAGACUAUUUUCACAAGAGUUACAGAUAUCGCGAUAACUACACAAGCGCAGAAACCUUUUAAAUCAUGUGUGAAGGAUAAUUAAGCCGAAUCGAAAAAUUUCUGACAAUUUGUAUGACUGAAAGGUAGUAUCUACAUUUAUGCGCUGUAUAAACAAACUUUAUCUAUGCACUACUUAUAUAUGUGGUUGGAAAAAAAAAACAUUAUAAACAUUGUGAGAAAACGGUACAACUUCGUGUUUGUAGCAUAAAUACAACGCUUGGAAACUUUAUUUCUUUGUGUAAAAAAUGACGAAAGAGAAAUCUGUAUAUACAUAUUCCAAUGAUCAUGACACGGUACUUACAUUAAGAUUUCAUGGUGAAUUAUUGUCAACAUUUUGCAUCUCAUAUUAAAAUAUUUUUAUUUAUCUGUUUACUAUGCAAUAUAUUUUGCCGAUCUAACGCCACUGUAACGAUUUUUCUAACGCCUACCUAUUUUUUUACUCGUGAAUAAAUUAUUGAAUAAUACUUUUCAGAUUAAGACACUUGCCAUUUAGACUAUCACGGGACAGAUAGGGGAGGGAUAGACAACUCUAUUUUAUCAUGGCGACCUCACCACCAUCUUAAUUAAUUAACCGUGGCCGUGUACAAUAUCUUGUAUCACUUCCACCAAUGUUUGUCCAAAUUCAACUGUAUAAUUCCUUUCCCAUUUCGUUACCUUACCACUUCCCAUUUUUAAUUUCAUCUCUUUAUCAUUUUUUCAUCAAGAACCUCCCAUCAAAGACCCUAUGAACACGGUCCUUAUGUCCCUGCCAGGCAAGGGAUUGCGAUUUCUAGCGCUCAUUGAGAUGUAUCGGUUGGCAGCUUACAUGUUUACAGCUUCAGUAUCUUGUUAGAUUAUUCUGUAAUGUUGGUUGUUUGUUUGUUUGUUUGUUUGUUUGUUUGUUCUAAUUAUAUUUCGGGCCUGAGGCGGCUGAGAAAGGGCAUAAACUGUACAAAUUACCACUACAGCCUUAGGGAUGCCUGCACCAUUUGAAGACAUGUACACGACAAUGUUGUCACAGCAACCUGUAGGCUGCCUUAACCUGCACAGUUGAAAAGCACUGGAAAUACAGAAUUAUUGUAGCUGUUGUCGUAGCUGUUGCUGUUAUAGUUGCUGUUACUGACUUUCGUUACUUUGUGACAAUGUCCUGCUUGCGUUACCAUGGGAACUUAUACAAACCAGAAAAUGUAUAAUGCAGUGAAUGGUAAAUAUAAUUGUGCAUUGAUUGAUCGUGGAAAUUGGUCUCUCUGUUAUUUUCAAAUAAUUAGGUUGACUGAUAUUACAGUCGCUAAAUUAUCUAUUGUUUCUGUGAGCAUCAGUUUAUUCUUGAAAGCUUUUGUCUGAUUGGCUGGUUUGUUAUAGACCUUUGUAAGUAUUACUCCUGCCUUCCAAAUAAUUCAUAUUCUCCGUAUUAAUGCUUCAUGUACAGCUUAAAAUAUUUGUUUAUAAAGUUUAUAUUCAUCUGAUGUUCACGUUGUGAUCUUAGAGUUUCCUGUAUUCAAAUGUUUAUACAAACGUAGAUGUCAGCUUUAUAUUUUUGUGAUAAUUUAACGACCCCAACAUUUUCUGGUUUGGAUUUUUAAAGUUUAUUUUCGGGUCUGAGAUUAUUCUGAGUGUUUAGAAAAGAACAAAAUUCUGUUCAGUUGGUUUUCUCUCGUUACUUUCUGUUUUGAGCCUGUGAUCUUUGCUAGACAUCUCGAAGAAGCAAGAAAUAUUCAAACCUGUGUGGUUCAAAUCCCGUCUAAAGGUCUUUUUUGUAUCCGUUAUAGGUAUUUCUUAUGCUUCACUAACGACAGAUAAGAACAUCAUUAUCAUCAUCAUCGUCGUCGUGCAUAGUCAGAACAAUAUUUCUAAUGGUUGUUUUCCAUUUAUUUCAAGUGUACAGUUCAGUGUCUGUCGUUCACAUGGACACUCUACCUGCUAAGUAGACUUGUAAACAUUUGUCUCCUGUCAUGGUCCCCCAGACACACACCGUUCUCUUUUUUCGAGGUAUACAUCAAACGGUUGUUCAAGAUAGCUGUUUGUGGUUGCACGUUUGCAGUAAGAUGCUUUCGAGAAUUUCUUUUUAUUUUGAGAUAGUUUCUUUUGUUUUGGUAAUCAACAAAGGUUGUUAUGGGAGGGAGGGGGUGAGGUGAGGUACACUCUCCUCGUUUUCUUUCUCUCUUUCUUUCUCGAUCGGUAUUUUUAUAAAAGUCAAAAGUUUGAAGAUCGCAUUUUCUAUCUCUUCAUUUGUUCUUGUUGCUUCUUCUGUCAGAUGGAUCUCAUUGUGAUGUUCAAGCUCACGUGCUCACCUGGGAUUCCUGUUUUCUCACUGUGUGAUAUUAUUGUUUGCUUUGGCUAUCCCCCCAGUUGUUCGGCAAGUACUGUUUCAAGAUUUUGUUCUUGUUAUGGCAGUAUUAGCCAGUAGUUUCAGACUGUCAUUCAUGAUUAUAAAUCGUGCUCCACGUAUUCAUUCAUUUCAUGUUUUAGAUGUGUUACCUGUGUCAACUGCUCAAUUUUAUUUAAUUAUAUGAAGAGCCAUCGUUCGUCUUGACUGAUUUCUUGAGAUUACGAGGGAGGGUAAGUUAAGAAAAUAAAGAUAGUAGCCAAAAUUUCAGGUGUACGGAAUUAUGUUGCAAGACCUUUAGUCGGGUGUAAACAGGUGUAAAUUCGCAAACACGGAAUUCCCAGACCAUGUUGAGAUUUGCUGUUGUGCCCUCCUGACCUCUCCUGUACUUAUGUUGCUUACCACAGACACCAUCUUUGACUAUCCUGUAACAAUGAACGAGGAGUUGAAACAAAAUGGCAAUUCAUGUCGAACCUGUAACAUUUACAGGCGUACCGGUCAAACGGAUAUCGUUCUACGGACCGGUACGAGUGACCCCGCUAUGCACGUGCUGACAUCAAGACCCCAUCACGUGCAGCUGUCACGUGCCCAAGGCAGGCACCCACGUCACGAGUCACUGAAAUUAAGUUUUAUAUCUGUCCAGCCUGUGGGCUUUGCAUGAAUUUAGCAUUAAUAUAGAAAGAGAUUGAAAAGCAUGAACACAUCCACUUCAGGUGGCUUGAACAUGGAAUCUUUGAAUGUUUUGUUUACCGCCAUUAGUGUCUACAAACAAAGGUGUGCAUAAUUUCAGACCUUUACCCUCAUUACCAUGGUGAUACCUUUGAUUAGUGUCUGUGUAUGGGAAUUAGUCUUCUGGAACUCAGUCUUGUUGAAUGGUUACCUGAGGUUUAUAAUCAGUGGCAUAUAGCUGUGUGGAUCGUGCGAAUUGUUCGAUGAAAACAAUAAAAUCGAAAAAAAUUAAUGAAAUUA